UUUCCUCAUGAUAGUCCAUCCAGAUUUCCUAGACUCAUGUCGGAAUCAUAUACAGAACUUCUUUUCUUUCUGCAGUACUCCAAAGAUGUGUCGAGGAAGUUUGAAGGGAUGAAGGUGGACUUGCGUGGCAUCAUUCUUCUGGAGUCAGAAGGCAAACAGAAUCUCAUAAGCUUCACCGAAACUGGGAUUAAUGAGAUUGACUUUGCUGCCUAUUUGGAGGAGGUGAAUAAAGGAGUGACUCGCAUUAAUCUAGUGGAUUUCGCCAGUCAGCUUGAUGCUCAAGCUGAUCAGUUGCCUAAAGGGACCUUGCAGACCUCAUUAAAAGGACACGCUAAUACUAUAAGGCAGAUCCAUAUCCAGCAAGUCAUCCCACUGGAGCAGUCCAUGAAAUAUGUGAAAGCAAGGAGCACACUUAAUCAGAGCAUCAGAUUUCUGGAGAGGACGUCCUCAGACCUGACUGUCAGAGUUAGAGACGUAUUAGCAGCCAUUGAUGCCACCCAGUUCUUAAUUUCCCACAAUGCAACAUUUGUGGUCAAUCAGGAAACAGAGAAAUACAAGCAGACUAUUAUUGGGUAUUUCAAGCAGUAUAUUGACUGGAUCAGAACAUCUCUGGCCCUGGACGUCGCUACCUGUAAACCACUCAGCAACAUUGUGGACACGGCCGAGAUCUUAGGAUGCAGUUUCCUGCUGGAUUCAAUGAACACAUUCUGGUUUGGGUUAGGCUGUUCCACGCUGUUUCUGCUCCCUAGCAUUAUCCUGUCCGUCAAACUUGCCAAGUUCUACCGCAGAAUGGACACAGAGGAUGUCUAUGACGACAUUGAGACAAUUCCCAUGAAAAACAUCCCUACCUAUGACACUAUGACUCGAUUCCCACGGGCCUCUGCGCCCCCGCGCCAUGCCGACUGGUGACUCUGAGGAGGACGCUUUUAUAACUACAGAAAGUGAUAUUGGAAACUGGAAUUAAACCUUUGUGGAAUCAGGUUCAGCUCUUAAGAAAAAGGAAACUCACAUACUUGAAGCUGGGACCUGUUGUCAUCAUUCCCAUCACAUCAGUGAAGAUGACCUUCAUCAAAAUGUCUUGACUGUUGUUGUUUUGACUAAUUUGCACCCUUAUGAUUAUAGUACUGUCCCCUCAACAAGUUGCUCUCUGUCACAUCCUGCCAUAGCCAGAGAGGCUUCACAGUAUAAGGCUGUUUUUUUUUGUUUACAGUCAUUUAGAAAUCACGUGUGAUGUGCAAAACAAUGCUAUGACUACUGCAUUCUUAUUUUUCUUGUGUGGGUUGUUUAUAGUGCUGUUUAACAUUGUGGAGAAUUCAACAUGUUGUUUAGUCGAGUCCACUGAGAAGCCAAAUGGGUUUUCACUGAAACAGAGCAAGCCAGCCACCAAUGAGCCACAAAUCUUACACAUCAACAUGGUUGUGUAGGUGUUCGAAAACAUGCUAAGUGCUAACGUGGUACAGAUAGAUGUUGUCAAGCCAUUUCAAGGGUGAAAGAAUUGUUGCCUUUUUCAGAUUUUUAGCUUGUGGUACAUGUUAGCCACAAGUCACAAGAGCAGACCUUUGAUUAGUUUUAUUUAGCUAUUGAAGCUGAGAUCACUAAACCAUAUUUGAUACUGAGCUGUGGUUAGCAGUUUAAGGUAUCUGUAUGAGUUUAUGCUCACUUUUGUACUGAUAAUUUAAGAUAUCAUUCAUGUGGAUUUAGUAACACCCCUAGAAGCUCUUGCUAGCUUUGUGUACUUUAGUUUUUCUGCAUAUAGGCUAUCACUUAUUGAUGAUGCAUAUAUCAGUUAUUAAUGAUUUUUCACUUCUUUAUUUUGCCGACUUGUACUAACAACAGCUGCUCUCCAACACAUUGUUGGAUUACUGUAAACUACUGAUUAUUGCUGUGUGACACCAAAUCUUUGUAGGUCUCAGGUUUUAGGGCUUUUUGUUUACUUGAUAUAACAAUAUUUCUGGAUAUACAUUUGUCAAUAUGUGAACUUCAUGUCAACUUUAAAGUGAGUGAAUGUACCUCAGAGAGACAUUUGCUUGUACGAGACCAAGAGAAGCCCAUUUACAAUUAUUAGUCAUUGACAAUAACACCACCAAAUAUUUCAACUGUUUAAUGUAAGAGACAUUAUGUCAGGUGCUACAUAUUUUUGCUCAGAUCCUUCACUCAUUGUGUAUAUGACAGUGUUUUCAUAGCCUCAGGUAAAACAUUGUGCUUUAUAUCUUCACGUCCCAGUCUCAUUGUUUUGCCAUACCACACAUAGCAUGCGUAUAAUGGGUGUUCAAGCUCUUGCAAAGAUGUUUAGUUGUGGUGGGCCUGGUUGUCAGUGCCGUUGGUUUUCAAGUCCAUGUGGUUAAGAUGGCUAAACUAUAAAAUAUUACAAAUAAAAUUUCAGAUGAAAAAACA